UCAGGUCAAAUGCACAUGUCUAGCCGUCCCAGAGCAAUCCUGCAAAAAAAAAAAAGCGCACCAGAGGGGCUGGAAGUAGUGCACGUGAGUGUUCACAUGUGACUGAGAGAUGACCUUGGUCAACUGCGGUGGAGCCCGGAGAGCUGGGUGGGAAGUGGUUACAUACAGUCUGGCAUUAAAUGAGUUCCUUGAAGUUGAAAAGGGACCAAUGCACACAAGUUUAAUGCGUGGAAACAUUAGGAAACGUGCAUCGUCAGAGUAAUGCAAGAAGAUGUGAGGUCGCUCAGAGCAUUCAGACGCACAUGCAUGAAUCACUAUGAAAUUGGGGGGCACCACACAAUUGCUGGAUAAAUUGGAUAAAUUUGUUCCAGAUGAUGUAUAACAUAUAGACAGUGUUAAUGACAUGCCCGCACCAAUGAGCUCCAAAAACAGCCACCCUGGGAAACGGUGAAUUCCCACAACCACAGAGUGCAAGAGAGGGUGAGGGGAGUCAUGGGAAAGCGGGACGGCUGCAGGCAGUGCCACUGCACCAAUGGACCUGGUUGAGGAGCGAAAACAGACAGAGCAAAGGAAACAUGAGAGCAAAAUAAUACACAGUCUGGCACCGGACUGGUUAAAGCAUCUGAAGGUUCAAAGGCAAAUUGUGGCUGGUCAGCUGGACGGGUGACCGUUGCAGCAGACACGUAGAGUGAGGAAGGUUGAUUACAGCCCUGCUACUCAGCCUGACACAGUUUGGGAAAACCCAGAUCAGUUUGGGAAUGGCUGAGGAAGUGGGGGGGGUGCAAGUUAGGUGGAAAAUUUUAAUGGCAAGAGGGCUAAGUUACAGAUCAAGGUGAGGAUGCCUUUUUUCCUUACUGUGAUCUGGGAAAACCUUAGGGUGGAAGUCAGUGGCCAGGGUUUGGAAAGUUUUCAGGGAGUUGGCUAAUUUUCUGACGUUUGUAAGAAACCAGUCUACAAAAAACAUCAAACACUCCUCCCAUGUGUGGCCUUAAGGAUUAUUCAAUAAAAUGUGCAAUGUGCCCAAAUGAAAUUCCCUUUUUGCAGUCUAGACUACAGGUGCAUCAUGGAAAGCUAAUCUAUUUUAGUUAUCCAAUUCAAAAAGAGAAACUCAUAUAUUAUUUAGAUUCAUUGCACACAGACGGAUAUUUUUCAAGAAUACGGCUCAUAGCUAACGGAAACCCAAAUUUCAGAUUCUCAAAAGGUUAGAAUAUUUCAGAAGACCAAUAAAAAUGUUUUUAAUACAGAAAUGUAGGCCAACUGAAAAGUAUGUCCACAAUAUAUGCAUAAAUACUUGGUCGGGGCUCCUUUUACAUUAAUAACUACAUCAAUGCAAAGUCGCAUGGAGGCGGUUGGCCUGUGGCUCUGCUCUGGUGUUAAAGAAGCCCAGUUUGCUUUGAUAGCAGCCUUAACCUCAUAUGCAUUGAUGGCUCUGGUGUCUCUCAUCUUCCUCAUCAAUACCUGAGAGCUUCUCUAUGAGGGACAGGAAUUAGUACUUUUGGCAGUGUGGCCAGGUUUCAAGUCCUGUUGGAAAAUUAAAUCAACAUCUCUUGAAUGGGCUUUGCUUCAAAAUCCUCUAGAAGCUCUUUGUAUCACGUUUGCCUGUGCACCUUUUUUCCAACAAACCUUUUCCUUCCACUAAAUUUUCCACAAACAUACUUUAAUAAGGCAAACACUGAACAACCAGCUUCUUUAGUAGUGACCUUUUAUGGAUUACCCUGCUUCUGGAAAGUGUCAGUGCCUUGCUGCUGGAAAACUGUAAAGCCAUCAGCCUUCUUCAAGAUUGGGUAGGCUAGAACAUGGCCAUCACAUAACAUUUGCAAUAAAAUGUGUUUUCUGAGAAACCGAUAACCCUCAAAAAGGAACAGAUAUAACCGCUUCAAAAAUAUAAAACAUCACAUAAUGAAUCUAUACAAUAUGUACGUUUCAUGUUUUUGAAUUUAAUUAUUGAAAUAAGUUAAUUUUUUACUGAUAUUCUAUUGAAUAUAGAUCACAUAGACUAACUUGCAUUUUUAAAAGAAAACAAGCUUCAAUUAAAUUAUAGCUUUAAUAUUUUGCAACAAGACACUGUUAUCUAACCACCUCUCCUGUAGCACGCCCCCCAAACUUACUUUAAAAAAUGUCUCUGACCAACCAGCAGCUGCCUUUGCUUUAUGCAGGAUGUUUAUGUUUGGAGGUAUAGGUUCUCAGUUCCCUCCUUUUAACCCCCACAGCGCACACACACACACACACACACACACACACACACACACACUCACUUUCACUCUCUCAUUUACCUCCAUUUAAUAUCCACGCCUGACGAGUGACGAGGCAAAGCGCGGCUUUUGAAAUGAUUACAAAGCUAGACAGGGUUCUAUUGCCCAGAAAAAAGUUCAUUUAUCAUUACAAGAACUUGCGCUGGGCGAGAGGUAGGUGUGAGACAUACCUCUGCUUUGUGGUGAAGAGGCGAGUGGGCCCAGACUCCCUGUCCUUUGACUUUGGUCAUCUCCGCAACCGCAACGGUUGCCAUGUGGAGCUGUUGUUCCUGCGCUACCUGGGUGCUUUGUGCCCUGGCCUGUGGGGUUACGGAGUCACCGGUGAGAGAAAAGUCAGCUACUCCAUCACCUGGUUUUGCUCCUGGUCUCCCUGUGUAAACUGCUCCUUACGACUGGCUCAGUUCCUCAACCAGACCCCCAACCUGUGCCUCCGGAUCUUUGUGUCCCGACUUUAUUUCUGCGACUUGGAGGACAGCCGUGAACGAGAGGGUCUUAGAAUGCUGAAAAAAGCCGGCGUGCGCAUUACAGUCAUGAGUUACAAAGAUUACUUCUAUUGCUGGCAGACCUUUGUGGCACGUAAUCAAAGCAAGUUCAAGCCUUGGGAUGACCUGCACCAAAACUAUAUCCGCCUAUCAAGAAAACUCAACCGCAUUCUUCAGCCCUGCGAGACAGAAGAUUUAAGAGAUGCCUUCAGGCUUCUUGGACUGUGAAAAAUGUUCCUGACCCCCUCUGGUGUUGCCAUUACGCUUAAAAAGAGAAUUAGAUGUCAGUGUUGAUCAAUCACUACAGAAAACUGCAAAACUGAGAAACAAAAAAAAACUGAGAAAAAAAUGCUUUAAAGAUGUAGCAAGGCUAAAGUUAGGUCGAAAUGAAAAUGUGAAAAUAAAAUAAUAAUAAACAAAAUGAUACAGUUCUG